UUAAAACAUUUUUACCAGAAUUUGGCAAAAUUUUGGUCAAUAUGUAAAAGUCCUGAAAAAAUACGACUAGCGCAAACCGGUUACUGAAGCAUGGUUGUACUGAAAGAAAUAGGAUCACAGAAAAUGUUUUGGGGUGUGACUCUAGAUGGAGGAAAGCGUUAUACACAGACCGUGGAAAGAUCAUUCCACAUAUCCAUGGCUGCCAUGGAACCACCUGCUUCUAAAGUUGGUGUAAUGGUGUGUGUGGAUAAGGCAGAGUUCUUGCUUUGCUCCCUGGGAUACAAUGGAGUACUACAACAGCCACUGGAUCUGAUGUUUACAGAAGGAGAAGAAGUCACGUUUUUCUUAACAGGGAAUGGUUCGGUUCACCUGACCGGCUACCUGGUGGAAGACCAACCAGAAGAUAUGGAAGAUAUGGAGGGAAUGUAUGAUGACUCAGAUGAAGCUCCAGAACUAAUUGGUGAUUCAGAUGAAGAUUCAGAUGAAGAUUCAGAGGAGGAUGAAGAUGAAGAUGAUCUGGCCCUUCUCAAGUCUAUGGGAGCAAAACGGAAGAAGAAAGAAAGUGGAAAAGGGGCCAAAAAGCUUAAGCUUACAGAAGAAGAUAGUGAUGAUGAUGAUGAAGAUGAUGAUGAUGAUGAAGAUGAUGAAGAUUAUGUAUACAAUGAAAAUGAUGAAUCAGAGCUUUCAGCCCUUGACUUUCUGGAUGAAGAGGCUUCAGAGGGAGAAGAUAGUAAUGAAGAAGACAGUGAAGAUAUGGAUGAAGAAGAUGAGAUCAGUGAAGAAGAGAUAACAUACCUCCUCAAAGGAGACCCCGACAUAAGUCAGGACAAGGCACAGCAGAAGAAGAAGACGCCAAACAAAACACCAUCACAGACCAAGAACACGUCAAAGCUAGAGACUCCUAAAACCCAGACACCAGCUCAGAAAAAACAGACCCAGGGGAAAGACACCCAACAGACACCAGGCAAAGGGCAGCAAACACCCGCCAAUGGACAGAAUACUGAAACCCCAGGAACAGAGGGAAAGAAGAAGAAAAAGAAGAAGAAGAACAAAAACAAAAAGGGAGAUGAAUCUGUCAAUGAGGCGUCCACACCAAAAUCUGCCACUACGACCCCUUCUAAGAAAGUUCUCUCUGGUGGCAUAGUAAUGGAGGAAACCAAAGCGGGUCAUGGACCAGAGGCCAAAUCAGGAAAAAUGGUGAGCGUGUAUUAUGUUGGAAAACUAGCAAGUAAUGGAAAACAGUUUGAUUCCUGCUCACAAGGAAAACCUUUCAAGUUCCGAUUGGGCAAGAACGAGGUGAUCAAAGGCUGGGAUGUGGGACUUCAAGGAUUAAAAGUAGGAGGAAAACGAAGACUGACUAUCCCUCCCCAACAAGCAUAUGGUAACAGUAAAGUGGGACACAUUCCGGCCAAUUCCACACUGAUAUUUGAUGUCGAGUUAAAAGCUGUCAGUUAAAAGACAAAGUGUCACACUAGGAAGGUUGUAGUGAAAUAUAUUACCAGAGACAGUGGACAAAUGCAAGAGUUUCAGAAGACAGGUUUUUGUGUUCAUUUUACUUGGGAACUAUUGAAAUGUGGAAUAUAAGGACACAUUAUUUCAUUGGAUGAGUGAAUGCUGCUACAAGGACACAGAUGUUAUAAUGCAUGACUGAUACUUGUGUUUUCUGUCAUUUUAAUAAUUUUUAUACACACUGACACAUUCAUUAAGUUUAUGAAUAUCUUGAAACUGUUUAUGCAUGCAUUGAAUACAUUUUCAUUUUCAUUCUGCUUUUUAAAUAUAUUGUAGUUGACAUAUAGAAGUGUACAUUUUUCAUGAUUUAUUAAAUGAUGCAGAUUUAGUACCACAUAUGUCUCUGUUCUUGUAAAGAUAAGCGGUGUUUAACUUUUGCUCUCUUGUUAUGAUUGUUUUGUUUUUGCCAUAUACUGAAUGUAACAGUAUAUAUUUUUCAAGUAUCUCAUCUCCAUUUUCAUCUGAAAUAAAUGAUAACAUUUUUAUAUAA